AUGUCAUACUACUUUACCAUCCUUUCCCCAACAGACACCCCUAUUUUCAACAUUGCCUUUGGAACCUCCAAGGGUGGUGGCGAUGGAAUUGCGCGAUUCCGCUUCCCUGAUACCGCGCAGUACAUGAACCAGUUCAUCAUCCAUUCAAGUCUGGACAUUGUCGAGGAAGCGCAAUGGACAAAUGGUGGAAUGUACCUCAAGCAUGUCGACACCUACCCUCCAGCCGCAGCAUACAUCUCCGCGUUCCUGACUCCUAGUGGUGCUCGGUUCCUUCUUCUCCAUCAACCACCACAGCUCCCCUCUAGCAACACCAGUGGCCUCGGCUCAUCUUCUCUCCUGGGUGCCUCUGGAUCCACCACCCGCACCUCCUCCAGCUCUGUCGCUGCGAACCCAACUUCGCCACAGACUGAGGAAGCUGUGCGCCAAUUCAUGAAUGAAAUCUACGAGAGCUAUGUCAAGACAGCCAUGAGCCCGUUUUAUAAGCAGGGAAUGGAAAUCCGAAGUCCUGUAUUUCGCGCAAAGGUCACAGCUGCAGGAAAGAAAUGGCUGUAA